CAUUUCAUAGGCGAAACUAAUCACAGCAACAGUUUCGCACUGCGGACGCCACUGACGGCAUUCAGUACGCUGUGGAACUUAGUACACAAACUUACAACGUAAAGCGAACGACUGACUAUGCUUAAGGCCUCACUAUGGACAGGCGUUCUUCUACCGUUUUGGAUUGUGGCCACUGUCGCAGGGGCCGAACGAAAUCAUCCGACAAUACUACGCAGACGCAAUGAAAUGACCAGAUACAUGAACUUGCACGCCAAUCCUUGUAAGGACUUCUACGAAUUUGCCUGCGGAAGUUGGGAGCAACCGUACGUGCAAACGCGUUACGAGCAGCCGAUACUGAAGAAUAUGGAAAUUUAUUUGCGCACAAAAGUGGAUCACGAUUUGCGCAAUAUGCUGCAGGAGCAAACCAAAUUAGAGGAUGGCUUGAACGGGCGUAAAUUAAAAGAUUUCUAUAUCUCCUGCACAACGGCCGAACGAAAUGGCGUCGCACAACAGGAGUACUUCAGUCAGAUGAUCGAAAAACAUGGCGGCUUUCCAGCAAUACCCGGCUCCAAUUGGUACAUGCAAAGUAACAAUUACAAUUGGCCCGAUGUGGUGGGCACGCUGCGCUUUCAAUAUGGCUUGAAUAUUUUGGUGGGUGUGAAGAUCGAUGUCAAUUAUUUGUACCCCUUCGAAGAUAGCGUCUACUUGGGCGAACCGGACACCUUCAUACCGCCGGAACUGUGUAGUGCGGAAGGCACUAAUAAGACGGAUUUACGUUCCGAAGUGUAUGCAGUAAUUGAGAAUGAAGUGGCCGAAAAUCUCAGCAUGUGGCUAACGCUGGACAUGGAUAAGGCGCAAGUGAUCGCCGCCGAUUUGGUGGCAUUUGAGUUUAAACUUUGCAGCGGUAUAAAGCGAUGGGACAUCAGUCAACUGGCCGUGAACAGCAGCUACAAUAGCGAUAUACGUAAGACGCUUUACGAUUUCACCUAUCAAUUCGGUUAUAAAAUUGACUUCGUCGCGGCCACUUUUGGCACACAAAUACAAAAACCCGUCUUCAUGGCCAACGAGGCUUACUUCAAGCAACUUGUCAAAACCUUGGAGUCUACAAAUAAGACAACAAUCGCAAAUUACAUAAUGUAUCAGACGCUAGCGUACUUAAGUCUUCCACACAAAGAUCAACCGAGUAACCGUGCUUUGUUCUGUUUAGAGAAGGCGAAACGCUACUUUCCAAAGUUUCUCGGUGAGAUGUACUUUAGAAAUUAUGUGAGUGUUGCUGCCAGGGAUGAUGUGGUCAACAUGUUCGACAAACUGAAAGAGUCUUUGCGUCAAAGUUUACAGCAUCCCUGGAUCAAAGAGCAUACACGCCGCAUUGCUGAGGGUAAACUAGCAGAGAUGCAUUUGGCCUUCCCCUACUAUGGUAAAAUGGAAACGAGUAGUAUAAACAUAAAUCGCGCCGAUUAUUGGCACAACUUCGAUAUACUAAUGAAAGAUCGACAAGAGGCGCAAUUCCAACGCAUUUUCCCGCCACCACAUCCCAACCAAUUCGAUCAAGUAGAAUCUUAUGAAACGAACAUUUACUACAGAUCACAACACACACGCUUCGAAAUGGGUUGGGGACUGCUGCAGGAACCGCUCUACCACACACAAUAUCCGAACUCGAUGCGCUACGCUGCGAUCGGUCAAAAGCUAUCCGCUUUGCUGGCCAGUGCGUUUGAUGAUCUCGCAUGGAGCACAUCACCUAACGGCGUACUAAAUUGGGAUCAGACUACUGCCACCGAAUAUCGCAAUCGUAGUGCAUGUUUCCGUCAACAGAUCAGCAAUUAUCUAUACAAUGAGCCCGCAUUGUUUGUAAACACUACACUAUUGCGUCAAAUAGUGGCACAGAGCGCAGGUUUAAAUCUAGCAUUCAAUGCCUAUUUGCAUUGGUUGAGCUUUCAACAACCCGCUGAUGAUCGCGAGAUGCUUUUGGGAGAAACACUGCCCGAGUUCAACUUCACCAAUACACAACUGUUCUUCAUUGCCUUCGCGCAAAUGCAUUGCAGUGCAGACGAUGUGGUCUCACGUAGAUCCAGUGCAAAAGGAGCGGCACGCACACUCAGUCCACUUGAACGUCACACGAUUGAACGAUACAUGGUUAACGGACCGCUGAGGAACUUCAAUGAAUUCGCUCGUGAUUUCGGUUGCGCGAUUGGUGUGGAAAUGAAUCCACCAGACAAAUGUGUUAUUUAUUAGUUUCUAAUAUUAUAUAAAUUUAGUGCUUUCAAUAUUUAAUAUAAUGUGUCAAAUUUAUAUAUAUUGUACAUUAAAAUAUAAAAUAUUAAAUGUUU